UAGAUGCAUAAAUUGAAUAAAUCUCUAUCCUCUGUAUUUGGUUAUAUCUUGGGUAUGGCUGUUGAAACAUCCCAACCUCUUUCCAUUGAGAGCUUCUCAUACAGUUGGUUGAUAAACCUGAAACCAUCCCUUGAAAGCGUUAGUGAAUCCUUCCGGGCUGCUAUGGAUUCAUCCGAUGAAUCUUUCUUCAUCGAGAUGGAUCCAAACAUGCCAGCUUCAAAGAGGUUCAAGAAACUGAACUGGGAUUUCGAUUUCAAUCUACCGUUUUCAGAGCAAUCCACAGCUGCCAUUGUACACGCCGAUGAGAUCUUUUGUGAGGGCUUUCUCAUGCCCUCAAGGAGUAAAGAUUACCGUGAUUCAAGUCCGUGUGCUUCUCCUUUGUCUGAUUUUCAAAACCGAGAAGCUAUUGUAGGUGAUCAUCGAAAGUUCCGUUGCUCUUCCUUGAGAAGAUGUCGGAGCAUAUUGUCUAGGAAAAUGUUCGAAAAAUACUUGUAUUUUUUGUUCCCGUUACUGGGAAAAAUAAGAAGCUACAGAUCAAAGUCUAAAGAUAGAACAGCAAAUAACAGACUUUGGGCUGUGAAGAAUAACAGGUCAUGUUCACCUCAGGCAUCUCCUCGAACAAGCAUAUGUUCUCUCCCCGGAGACUGGAGACGGUCUUGUGAUUCCGAGAGCUCGAUUCAUGAGGCUGUUCUUCACUGCAAAAAAUCCAUCGGUUUGUAAUUUUUGAACCUGCUAGUCCUGUACUAUAACAGGUUUUGUGUACAUACAGAAGGAAUUAGGAACAAUUACCAUAUGAUAGAUUUACAUUUUUGCAGAGGAAGGAAUGAAAACUGAGAGGUGUAGAGAUGUUUGUCUCUUUUUUAGCUUCUUAUCUCUUUUAUGUAAUUUCCCCCUCUUUUUUGAUUUCCAUUUUGGUGCACCUUAAUGUAGUGUUCUAGUUUUGAACAUGAAAAAAAGAAGACUAUAUUCUUGUAUCAGACUCUUCUCCUUUGAUUUCUCUUUUUCACUUGUGUAAUCAAGAUUAUAAACCAUUGACGAGAAAUUGCGAUGAUACAUAAAAAAUUUUCGGGAUAAACAUGAUAAAUUAAUAAUUCAUGACGAACUUGAGUUAUUGAGUUCAAGUAGGCAUCAAACUAACUAUUUUUGAUACAAACAAAUCAUGAAUAAGAAUUGGAAAAGAUUUUAUUUGGAUGGUGGAUCUCAUGUAUAGAUAUGAUAUGA